UCAGUUCAUAUCAGUUCCGGUUGCGUUGUUGUACAUGUGCUCGGGAAAGUUUAUCUUCUAGGUGAACAACGAUACGAUGUACCAGCAAACACUGCCGUGAAAUCAACUUGAUGUGUGCUGACCCGGAAUUUCAGCCUCAGUUCAAAAAAUUACCUAACUCAAAAUGGGCACAAAAAUCAAUGCUCUGCUGCUUUUGAGCAAUUUUCUCCUAAACUGUGUCCAAUCUCAAUUUCCCAAUGAAUAUUUCACAUCCGUGGCCAACCUUGAAUACCUGCUGGAAAGCGAAGAGAUUAUCCUUCAACGAAUGAGCAAGUACAUCAACUUAGCCGAGGAGAAAGUUAAGUUUUUAAAGAGACAGAAGGAAACGUUUACCAAUGAGAUCAAAGAUGCUAAGAAAGACAAAAUAAAAUUUCUAUCGAAUCCAAUCAACGCGUUCCUAAUGACGAAACGCCUUGUUAAAGAUUACGCCAAGGUUGAUGCCCUGAUGCAGAUGGGGCUGGACGUCAAGUUGAUUGAUAAUUCGACAAUACUGCCAACUGAUAGUGAUUAUCUUGGAAUAGCAAACAGUUUGGCGGAAAUGCAAGAACUCUAUCAAUUGGACACGGCUGAUUUGGCUAGAGGAGAGAUUCUCGGAAGCCCAAUGAGAAAGGAGUUGAAUUCUGAUGAGUGCUACGCUAUUGGAUCUGCCAUGAGUCACAGCGGUCAGUAUAAGUAUGGUGUUCUGUGGCUGAAAGAGGCUUUAAAGCGAUGGAAGAAUGAGGAUUCGCCCGGUGUAAGUAAGGUUCAAAUAUUAGAUUACGUAGCUUACAGUUUGACAGAGGACAACAUGUACAAGGAAGCAACAGAGGUCAAUAACGAGUUGUUGAAAUUGGAAUCAACCCAUGAACGGGGUUUGGAACGAGUAGGAGUCCUCAAGCAGUGGUUGGAGCUUAUCGAAAAGUACGGACCAAAGCCCGUACCAGGUCCAGUAGAUCGUGGAUUGUACCAUGUACUGUGCCGUGGAGAAUAUGAAAGGCCGGUAUCGCAGCUAUCAAUUUUACACUGCCGAUGGGAUUACGGUAAAUCUUCUUUUACCAGAAUUGCUCCAUUUAAAAUGGAAGAAGUAAGUUUGGAUCCACACAUUGUUAUCUAUUACGAUGUAAUAUCUAGCAAAGAAAUCGAUAAACUUAUUAAACUUGGUAGACCACAGAUUCAAAGAUCAAUGGUUGGACAGGAUGACAGUGUGAAGGAAGUAUCCCGAACACGCACUAGUCAAAACUCUUGGUUGUAUGAUAUUGAUGACCCACUGAUUGCGAAAAUAUCAAAAAGAACUGCCGAUAUAACUAGAUUGAACAUGAAAGGCUAUGAUGGUUUGCAACUGAACAACUAUGGAAUAGGAGGAAAAUACGAUCCGCACUUUGACUGGUCAGAACCGAUCAAGGAAUCGGAACCGGUAUUUAAGAGUCUUGGUCUUGGGAAUCGAAUUGCAACGUUGAUGUUUUACCUUAGCGAUGUAGAGCUUGGUGGCGCAACGGUUUUUCCAAAAAUUGGAGUUGGCGUAUUUCCAAAGAAGGGGUCAGCCAUUUUCUGGUACAACCUUCUUCACGAUGGAACAGGUGACACACGAACACUUCACGGAGCCUGUCCUGUUUUGAUCGGCUCGAAAUGGGUUGCAAACAAGUGGAUACACGAGCAUCACCAGGAAUUUGCGAAACCGUGCGGACUUCAUCAGCAUCGAUUAGACAAUAAAUCUGUUUGA